AUGACUGUUUGUCAGAUUUGCGAUAAAUCCGUUAAGUUACACGAGAAUAAACUCUGCUCAAUUUGUGCAAGCUCAUAUCACUAUUAUUGCCUGAAGAUUUCCCAUGAUAAUUUCCUAAAAGAAUCCAAGGCAUAUAAGGUGGCGUGGAAAUGUAGUUCAUGUAAGAGUUCCGACAGACGAACCGCUGCUGCCUCGACCCCUUCUCACCUGAGUUCACCUGGACCAUCUCAGCCGUCGGAAUUUGACCUUCAGGACUUAAAACGGCAUUUUGAUACACAACUUCAGGAUUCCCUUGCAAAAUUACUUGCCGACAUCAAAAGUGAUAUUUCCACAGAAAGUGCUGCAACCUGUGACAGGUUACGGGAUCUCACUGAAAGUGUGAACUUCCUGUCUUCCAAGUGCGAUAAAUUGGAGGAAAGCUUGAUCUCCAAGACUAAAGCUUUAGAUGAGCUUAAGCUAGAAAACACUAGUCUCCGCAGUGAGAUAGAUGUCCUGUCGUCUCGUCUUGAAGAUCUGGAUCAGCGUUCUCGCAACUGCAAUAUAGAAAUCCAGUGUGUUCCGGAGCGUAAGGGCGAGAAUUUACAUACUAUUAUAAGCCAGGUUGCAUCAAUCACGGGGUGUGCUCUUUCGGAACAGGAGAUAUCGAAUUUCCAUCGAGUUGCUAAAAUUAAUUCAGAUUCCAAUAGACCUCGUUCUAUCAUAGUUAAAUUAAGUAGUGUUCUUGCCCGCGACAAAUUAUUGACCGCCGUGAAGAGUUUUAACCGAACCCACAAAGGCGAUAAGUUAAACACAUCGCAUUUAGGUCUUGCUGGUGACAAAAAACCAGUAUAUGUAUGUGAACAUCUUACACCGGCCAACAAGAAAAUACAUGCUGCCGCUCGCCGCAUCGCAAAAGAGAAACAAUUUGAAUUUGUUUGGGUCCAAGGUGGAAAGAUAUUUAUGCGCAAAGAUAUUCAAUCCAAGGCCUUUAUUGUUAAAGAUCUCCCUUUUCUAAACACUCUAGUGUAUAAAUAG